AGGCUUUUUAGGUUGUUUCGAAUCAAAAAAUUUUUUCGAAAAAUUUCAAGAUUUUUCAACUUUUUUGCAGGUCCGGGGUCAUGAAUUUUUUCAAAAAUCACCAACUCCUUAUUUUCAAAAAAUCAGCAUAAAUUUCACGGAAACAACCCGAAAUGGCGUUCAGAGCGUAUCUUGAGGCUUUGAGGUUGUUUCGAGUAAAAAAAAUUUUUGAAAAAUUUCAAGGUUUUUCAACUUUUUUGCAGGUAUGGGGUCAUGAAUUUUUUCAAAAAUCACAAAGUCCUUUUUUCCUAAAAUCAGCAUAAAUUUCACCGAAAAGACCCGAAAUGGCAUUCAGAACGUAUCUUGCGGCUUUUUAGGUUGUUUCGAGUAAAGAAAUUUUUUUGAAAAAUUUCAAGAUUUUUCAACUUUUUUGCAGGUCCGGGGUCAUGAAUUUUUUCAAAAAUCACCAACUCAUAAUUUUCCUAAAAUCAGCAUAAAUUUCACUUAAAGGCACUUUGUUGCGUACCUGGGUGACGAGUAUGCUUUGAAAUUGUGAUAAGUGUAGGCAAGGUUUCCAUCAAAAACAUUCGCUAUACAGUAAUCUCUCAUGUCUUUGUAUACAUUUUGUUUGAAUGAUGCACACUGUGGACAAAAAAGAUUUUCUAAUUCAUUAUUUCAUAUAAAUAUAAUUAAUUUUUAACAAAUGAUGCGAGUAAAAUGUUUUUUUAAAUUUUGGUGAUAAAAUUAUAUGGUUGUAUGUACAUAGCCUUAACAACAACUGCGCGCGAUAGGCACUGAAUCAGAAUUUACUUAUCUUUCUCCUUGCCGGUCGGUUCAUUACGACACUCAAACAAAAACAAUUACUAAUGACCUCAUAAAAUGUCGAAAAUGUCAAAAUUACAGAGACAUCUAAUGUUUUCAGAGACUUUUUAAGAACGCCUUUUACGCGGUACCUGGCCACUAGUGUAAAUUUCUGCGACAUCAAACCUGUUUGUUGCCUUUCAUCGCAUACAUCGGUAAACAAAACUUCUUUAAUUAUUUGCAAGAAUCUGAACUGAAGUAUUGUUUCCACUUUUCUAUAAACUUUGACUUGAUGCUUUUAAUUCUAGAUUCCUGCACUCUUCUCAUUGCAGUUGCCGCAGGUUAUGGCUGGGGCUUUUCUGAUGCAGAUGGUUUGGUGAUGUCUGAUAGUAUUCUAGACUUCAUUGGUGAAUUGCGGCUACAAAACGAAAGUGAAUGGAUCUCAGUUACAGAGGCCGUGAAAAAAUUUUUCUUGGAUAAGGUUCCUUGGAGAACGUCUAGAGGUCUGAGCACGAGUAAUGCUGCGAUUUUCCAGUCAAGCGUCAGUCGAUUUGAGCUAGGAUCUGUUGCCUGGACGCCUACAGGGUUUCCUGCAGGUAUCACGCCUUGGACAGCAGCAUGGCAAGAUAGAUCGAAACCUUACCUGACCAUUCGUCUCAAAGAUGAAACAACUUCAACAUUUGAUUCAGUGGCAUACUCUACGUCUUUAGAAAAUACUUCGUUACAAGAAUAUUGCAGAUUGAUAAAGCGGUACAGAAAUGUGCUGUUCAUGACUGACAACACGAUAGAGGCUAAGCAUUUCAUUUCCUGCUUCUCCCAUUGGCUCAAGACCAUGGACGAAAUUAGAGGCAAGACAAGUUUUAUUGCAAGCGUUGAAGAGAAUGAGAUUUGCACUGCUCAGGAACUUGUGAAACUGUUACGAGAAUAUGGGGCUUUGGUUGAGGUGAAUCGCGAGAGACCGAAGUGCUCAACAAUUAUUCUGAUCGACGUUGAUUUCAUCCUUAAUCGAAAAUUACCUUCGGAUGUCUUUGUUUGGCUUGGAAAACGUGGAACAGAAGAACCCUUCUAUCUAAGCAAUGGCAUUGGAGUGAACAGUCAGCUUUACUAUUUGCAAAAUGACGUCAUCGUACUUGCAUAUGCAACGAAGACAAGCAUGGACCGAUUUGGGCAAGGAAUUCAUAGAUUUUUCAAGUUAAUUGAUCUCCCACCAACCAUGCCUGUUCUUCUGCAACGUUGGCUCCGACAAAAGGCAACACGAAAUUCAGAAAGCCGAUUAAACUUCAGGGAAAUUGAUAACUGGAGUUCCUGGAUAAGCGAUGUUUACAGAAGAUCUAGAAUCGAUCUUGAAAAGCUAGACAUUAAAUUGGAUAUGCCAGAUCUUGGGCUGUUUCUGUCUGCUCCUUUCAGUGAUUCAGCCGGCCUUAAAAGCUGGGCUGAAGACCUUUGGUUGCAUCACUUUCUGCCACAAGUCGAGAGUUCUGUGGAGGAGCUGGUUGCCGAGGCAACCAAUACUCAGCAGGACUUAUUGAUCCAAGUCGCUCUGAACGCAUUCUUAAAAGGAGCUUUUUUGCCGGGCUGCCCAUGCAAAUUAGAUAUCGGUUAAGUGAGGACUAAAUUUUUAGAUAUUUUAAUCGACUCUGCUAGACCUAAUGCUGUCUGACCAGGAGGAAUGUACUCAUAUUCCAGAGAUUUUGUCGGUGGUCGAAACAGGGAGAUUUGAUGCUUUCAUCAAAAGGAGGGACUUGAAAAUUUUAUAGAAGAAAUGACCUGUCGUUCUCUGAUUUCCCUGGUGCAAAUCAAGUCCUGUUUCGGAUGCCAACACUCUUGUUGUUCAUGUGUGUAACACCUUUUGCAAUUAGAUAUUACUUUCACAAAGUUUUUAAAGAGGUCGGAAGUUUGUCAUAAUGUGCAGGCCUUAAAGGGGGCGUAUUUUCGUCAAAAUUUUCGUCGCAGAGGCAACAUCUUUUACCUUGUUACCUAGCAGUCCAGCCAUAUGAUACUCUGGGUACCAGAUCCUCAAUAAACCGGGGAUAAAGUAUUGUAGACCGCUUCGGUGGCAAAGAAGGAAGCUCAAAUGAUUAUUGUUGUUUCCUAAGUGCUUCCAACGGAGGAACUGUAUCCCCCCUAGCCCUCCCCUGGCGCCACCACUGAUUACACCUUUUAAAUACCAAGCUAGGGUCU